GGCGCGAGCAGGGCGGCCGAGCCCAGCGCUCCCUCCCCAUGGCCGGGAGCGGGCCGCGUAGGCGGCGACGGCGCUGAGAGGCCAGGGCGGGGCGGCCGGGGGCCUGCGGCCGAGUGGAAGAUGAGCGCCCUCCUAGAGCAGAAGGAGCAGCAGGAGAGGCUGCGGGAGGCCGCGGCCUUGGGGGACAUUCGGGAGGUGCAGAAACUGGUGGAGAGCGGGGUUGAUGUGAAUUCCCAAAAUGAGGUCAACGGCUGGACUUGUUUACACUGGGCAUGUAAACGCAACCAUGGUCAGGUGGUCUCAUACCUGUUACAGUCAGGUGCUGACAAAGAGAUUCUUACCACAAAAGGGGAAAUGCCAGUACAGUUAACAUCAAGGAGAGAAAUCAGGAAGAUCAUGGGAGUGGAAGAAGAUGAUAAUGAUGACGACACCCUUCCUCAGCUGAAGAAGGAGUCAGAACUGCCCUUUGUUCCCAACUAUUUGGCCAACCCAGCCUUCCCUUUUAUCUAUACUCCCAGAGCAGAGGAUUCAGCCCAGCUGCAGAAUGGGGGCUCCUCCACACCCCCAGCAUCCCCCCCUACAGAUGGCUCACCUCCAUUGCUGCCCCCUGGGGAACCCACCCUGCUAGGAGCCUUUCCCCGGGACCACCCUUCUUUGGCACUGGUUCAGAACGGUGAUAUGACUGCCCCCCCCACCAUACUCAGAACACCAGAAAGCACAAAACCGGGUCCUGUUUGUCAGCCACCAGUGAGUCAGACCCGCUCCCUUUUCUCUUCUGUCCCAUCCAAGCCACCAGUGACUCUGGAGCCUCAAAAUGGGACUUAUACAGGACCGGCGCCAGCAUUCCAGCCAUUUUUUUUCACUGGAACAUUUCCGUUUAAUAUGCAAGAGCUUGUACUCAAGGUAAGGAUUCAGAACCCAUCUCUUAGAGAAAAUGAUUUCAUUGAAAUUGAACUGGACCGACAAGAGCUUACAUACCAAGAACUGCUCAGAGUGAGUUGCUGUGAGCUGGGUGUUAAUCCAGAUCAAGUGGAGAAGAUCAGAAAGUUACCAAAUACGCUGCUAAGAAAGGACAAAGAUGUUGCUCGACUCCAAGAUUUCCAGGAGCUGGAACUGGUUCUGAUGAUAAGUGAAAACAAUUUUCUGUUCAGAAAUGCUGCGUCCACACUGACUGAAAGGCCUUGCUACAACAGGAGAGCUUCAAAACUGACGUACUAAUGCAGCAGGGACUUUUAUCGCUGAGUAUUGUGACAAUGUAUGUCACCUCUGGGCCAAGGACAAGCCAUUGAUCCAAAAGCCUCGGAUGCCCACGAGGUCCCCUGGUGCCACUGCGUAGUGUACACUAACAUCGUUGUUCUGCCAAGGCAGGAAGCCCCUGUCCCCCAGCAGCGGUGCCACUCUUCCAAGCCUCUUGGUGCACAAUAAACCUAUUGCUUGAAGCUCUGAACAGCUGAGAAGUGGUCUGGAGAGGCAGAAGCCGGAGGUUCUAUAUCCAGUGUGUUUUAUGUGCAGAAUGUAAGAGAGUUGUCUAAGCAGAAGCUGAGAGCGCGCAGAACCUAUUUCCGGCCACUCCUGUUGACAGUGCACCUGAAGGGCCGGGCGUGCUUUUCUUGUUGUUGCAUGCUCAUGACUCUCCUGAAAUUGCAAACUGACUAGAGAGGAAGACUGGGGAAAGCACAGGUACUGGACAAAGGGAUUUUGGUGUGACUUGUGCUGUGAGGUUUCUUAGAACAUAUUUAUAAAUGUUACUCAGGUGAAAAGUAUUUAAGUAUACAGUUACCUAAUUGUAAAUAGGCUGUUAACCAAAAGCUUCCCCUCCCCCACUUUUCCUUUGCGAACACUCACAACUGCUUCUGUCUCCACUAUCAUCUCUGCUUUACCUCCCCUUCACGGUCACUAGAGGGCUCUCUGAGGCUUUCUAAAAAAGCCACUGCAUUUUUACUGAGGCGAUUCCUGUCAUCAAUGUAUUUAAUUGCACUGUUUGAGAAGAGCACAAGCAUUGCCAGUCCGUGUUCUACAUUCUCAUUUUCCACUAGAAAUGAAAAGCAGUUUUUGAGCCUGAAUCUGUUGCUGUUUUACAGGUUAUUGUGGGAAAUUGAACUAAAGGAGUUAGCAUCUUUAUUUUUGUAACAAAGAUAAAGGUUAUUUUGAAAUUAUUAGGAUUUUUACACAACUCUGAAAUCUGUUGCUUUUUUAAACAAAUCGUUUGAUCUUAGGGAUUCCCCCUACUGCCACCACCAAUCCACUCAACAAAAUCAGUUGUGAGUCUACCAGACUUAAAAACAAAAACAAAACUUACCUGAUUAAACUCUUGAGCAUGGCAUAAGAAUUUUGUUCAAGAAUGCAUUUGAGGAUUCUUUUCAUUUUCUUCAGCAUCAUUAAGGUGAAAGAAAAGCUACUGUCUCGUUAAAACAAACAGCUUAGCUUUAGAAAUCAGAGCUGCCCAGGUAGACAGGAGAGCAGGGGUUGAAGCCAGCUGUUGGAGAGCAUCCCCGCUGUCUUAAGAAGCUUUCUCCCCAUAGUGCCUAUAGUUUCCAAAGAAACUUAACUUCCUGACUGUGUUAACUUAAUUUUGUUAGAACACUAUAAUUGAAUAAGAAGGUGCAGAAGAUGUCAAUGGAAGAGAAUGUUUUACUAAGAUAAUGGCCUCCUGCUGCUGCUUAAGUACUGAAAUGAGGCCGAGAUAUUCUUCAAGGCCAACUUCUUGGAGUCACUCUGUUUAAUGACUUCCUCGUAUCCCCUCCCCCCUUACUGCUGGUGACUUAUCCUUGUGGAGUGUGCAUAGCAGAGUGAAGGUUACUUUAUUACCUACUUUCUCUUAAGUGCUUUAAAGAAACCUCCCUUGUGUUUCAACCAAUCAGAAACUACAUUAUCUAGAUGUACUAACCUCUUCCUUCACUUUGAAAAGUUACAACUUACUGAUACAAUUAACUAUGGUUCUAUCCUUCAAGAAAUGGUUCAGUAUUAAUUCAUGUCUAAAUUACUGGGGUUAAAACUCUUUUAGCCACCUAGAUUAAUUAGAGAUUCUCAGAAGCAGUGGAGGCCCUUGGCUAGGAGGUGGCCUACAGAGUUGUUCUCCAGGCUCAGAAGCAGAGGGAGCAAGGGCUGUGCCCUACCCUGACCUCUCUCUCCAUAGAAUCCUCUGUGGUCAGUGACUCUGGCAGUGGGAUUAGACUGCACAGUUGCUGGUAGGUGAGUUUAAAGUCUUAAUCUAUGCAUUCAGAGAAAUAUUUUUAUAUGCUUUGUGUAAUUUAUAACAAAAGAGUUUUUUUUUAGCUUUGUUAACUGUGAAUUCUCUCCUCCCCCACUGCGUAUUUAAAGCAUGUGUUCACACUGUGUGUAAACAUUCACAGAGGAUUCUUUUCUUUGUGCAUUGCUACUCUUCAAACAUAACAGGUAUUAUUAAAAUUAAAUAUUAAUUGACCAAA